GGCAAAACUUGGGUGUUGGAUGUCGCCCGCCCCAGUUCGGAUUGUACGCUAGCGGUAGCGCACUGUUACAAAGUCUUUUCAUUUUUUGCCCCGCCCAACUCUGCCCUCACCCACCAAACAACUUUUUCAAAUAUCACACAUAAAACGACAGCGGCUACCUUGCGGUCCCUCUGUCACUCCAACACAACCAGCACUUUCUACGACUACAGGCAACGCCAGUAGUCUUCCGCAAAAGCAACCGCAAUCAUGGCUGACAAGGGUCUUGAGGACGUGCCUGAGAGCCAGAUCGAGUCCAACUACGAUGAGACCACCGACUCCUUCGACAACAUGAACCUGAAGGCUGAGCUCCUCCGUGGUGUCUACGCCUACGGUUUUGAGCGCCCUUCUGCCAUCCAGCAGCGCGCCAUCAUGCCCGUCAUCAAGGGCCACGAUGUCAUCGCGCAGGCUCAGUCUGGUACGGGUAAAACCGCUACCUUCUCGAUCUCCACCCUCCAGAAGAUCGACUCCUCCGUCAAGGCCUGCCAGGCCCUCAUCCUCGCCCCCACCCGCGAGUUGGCCCAACAGAUCCAGAAGGUCGUCAUCGCCAUCGGUGACUUCAUGGACAUCUCGUGCCACGCCUGCAUUGGUGGUACCUCCGUCCGUGACGACAUGAAGGCCCUCCAGGACGGUCCCCAGGUCGUUGUCGGUACUCCCGGCCGUGUCCAAGACAUGAUCCAGCGCCGUGUCCUCAAGACCGACCACAUGAAGAUGUUCGUUCUCGACGAGGCUGACGAGAUGCUGUCCCGCGGUUUCACCGAGCAGAUCUACGACAUUUUCCAGCUUCUGCCCCAGUCCACCCAGGUCGUUCUCCUGUCUGCUACCAUGCCCCAGGACGUCCUCGAGGUUACCACCAAGUUCAUGCGCGACCCCAUCCGUAUCCUUGUCAAGAAGGACGAGCUUACCCUCGAAGGUAUCAAGCAGUUCUACAUUGCCGUCGAAAAGGAGGAUUGGAAGCUCGACACUCUCUCCGACUUGUACGAGACCGUCACCAUCACCCAGGCUGUCAUCUUCUGCAACACCCGCAGGAAGGUCGACUGGCUCACCGACAAGCUCACUGCCCGUGACUUCACCGUCUCCGCCAUGCACGGUGACAUGGACCAGGCACAGCGUGAUGUUAUCAUGAAGGAGUUCCGUUCCGGAUCUUCCCGCGUCCUCAUCGCCACUGACCUCCUCGCCCGUGGUAUCGAUGUCCAGCAGGUUUCUCUCGUCAUCAACUACGACCUUCCCGCCAACCGCGAGAACUACAUCCACCGCAUCGGUCGUGGUGGACGUUUCGGACGUAAGGGUGUUGCCAUCAACUUCGUCACCGCUGACGAUGUCCGCAUGAUGCGCGAGAUUGAGCAGUUCUACAGCACACAGAUCGAGGAGAUGCCCAUGAACGUGGCUGACCUCAUCUAAGCGGGUGUCCCCUGCGUUCCAAUCAUCGUCUCUUCUCAGCUAUAUAUCCUAGUGGUGCAGUUGGAAUAGAAGCGGUGGUGAUCUAAUUCAGGCACGC